AUGAAAACACCUGUCAACGUACGAAGACUAAAACGAGUUGAAGAAAGGAUCAACAGGGUCCCUAAUGAGGAACUUCCGGAAAAUUAUGACCCUACUCAGAUUUUUGACCCACUCAUUGACGCUGAUGAGUUACCCGAAGAAUGCUUCGAUAAUGAAGAGGCUCAGCCCACUGUAAAUGAUGAAGAGAACAAAGAAAAUGAUGAAGAGCAGAUUCAAACUGCAAAUAAAAACAACAAAGAACAAGCACCAGAAGAAAUAGAAAAAGAAGAGGAUGAGUACUACAUGGUAGAAAAAGUAUUAAAAGGAAGAUAUAGAAAAGGGCAAACUGAGCCCGAAUAUUACCUUAAGUGGGAAAAUUAUGAAACCCCUACGUGGGAACCGCUGAUGGCGCAGGCCCAAUUGAAAGGUCCCAUCUUCAAAGAGGCUAGCACACAAACUGAUGUAAAACAAGAGGCAACCCCAGGGAAAAGGGCUCCAGAGGUUGACAAUAUGCGGUUGAAGAACCUCCUAAGAAGAGGACAGUUACUACAGAUUCGACGCAUGUGUAUGCAUACGAUACCGUAA